AGACCCACCAAAAAUGUUAUUUAACAGUUGUAAAAUCACUCUAUAUGUUUCUCUAAAUCAAUUAUUGGGUGCUAUUUAAAAAAGAGUAGAAAGUUUGUCGGUCACAGGAAAAAGUUUUAAUGUUUUCGUAGUUUGCAUAUGGGCUCAUCCUGCGCCUUUGGAUGCCAUUAGGAACUAUUAUUGGGGAGGGUGACGCCCCAACACGUAGAGCCGGGGUGUCACAUCCCACACUUCUCUCCCGGGUCCUUAUGAGUCAUUUUGGAGGAAGACAACCCGAAGGAGGCACAAUGACGGGCAACAUCGAGGGAAUUGAGAGGUUUGACAGUCCGGGGAAAGGGCGAGGUCUCCGUGUUACCAGACGCUUUAAAGUUGGAGAGCUGCUGUUUUCCUGCCAGGCGUACUCUUAUGUGCUGUCAGUAAAGGAGAGAGGCUGCUACUGCGAGUGCUGCUUCACCAGGAAAGAGGGCUUGGCAAGAUGUGGGAAGUGCAAGAAAGCCUUCUACUGCAAUGUGGAAUGCCAGAAAGGGGACUGGGCCAUGCACAAGCUGGAGUGCUCUGCAAUGAUUGCAUUCAGAGAGAACUGGUGCCCAUCAGAGAUGUCCCGCCUGGUGGCUCGGAUCCUCGCCAAGAAGAAAACGCAGAAAGAAAGAUGUGUUUCUGAGAAGAUCUUGCUCAUAGGAGAGAUGCAAUCACACGUGGAGGACGUAGAUAAUGAGAAAAGAGAGAUGACCGAGUCAGAUGUUGCCGGACUGCAUCGUUUUUACUCCAAACAUUUGGAGUUGCCCGACCAUAAAGACCUGCUCACACUCUUCUCCCAGGUUGCCUGUAAUGGUUUCACUAUAGAGGAUGAUGAACUGUCCCACAUGGGUACUGCAGUCUACCCAGAUGUGGCACUGAUAAACCACAGCUGUCUUCCCAGCGUCAUAGUCACAUAUAACGGGACGUCAGCUGAGGUUCGGGCGGUGCAGGACAUGAAGGCUGGAGAUGAAGUGCUCAUCAGCUACAUAGACCUCCUCUAUCCAACAGACGACCGCAACAACAGGCUGAGAGAAUCCUAUUACUUCACCUGCGAGUGCCAGGAAUGUAAAAGCAGGUCCAAGGACAAGGAAAAGUUGAAAGUACGUAAGCAGAGUGAUCCCAUCGAGCCAGAGGUCAUCAGCAACAUGGUGCGCUACGCCAGGAAAACCAUCAGAGAGUUCCGGGCUUUCAAACACAUAAAAACCCCUUAUGAGCUGCUGGAGAUGUGUGAACAGAGCCUGGAGCAUAUGGGGGCCAUCUUUGAUGACUCCAAUGUCUACAUGCUCCACAUGAUGUACCAGGCCAUGGGGGUUUGUCUCUAUAUGCAAGAUCCAGUAGGAGCUAUCAGAUACGGCGAGAAGAUCCUCAAACCUUACAGCCAGCUGUAUCCAGCCUACUCUUUGAAUGUGUCCUCCAUGUACCUGAAGCUGGGCAGACUGUACAUGGGGCUAGAGAGGCACUCAGUAGGCAUCAGUGCUCUCAAGAAGGCAAUGGCCAUUAUGGAGGUGGCUCAUGGGAAGGAUCACUUCUACUUGACAGAGUUGCGCAAAGAGAUAGCACAAAAAUGAAGAGAAAGGAAAGAAAUGACAUAACCUGGCCAAUCCCUAAGGACUGCAUACACUCCUUUGAUUAGGAGCUUGGAGGCACUUUGUACUCUUUUUGGCACUGAAGAAAAGAUAGAGAGCAUUCAUGUUUUCAUGGAAUUUUUUUUUUGGAGAUGUAACUUUUUACAUCAGCAUAUGCAUUUACAUAUGCAAGAACCUAUUUGUUUGUUGAAUGCAGGAUACUUUUGUACUAGGUAUGCAUUUGAUGUUCAGUUGUGUGCAAAUGUGAAAAUCUGAUAUUGU